AGGGGAAAAAGUUCUAUUUUAUUUAAAAAAAACAUCGUCUUUUGGACAUGAAUGGACGAUUGGGAUUCGAGCAGUUGAAGUUCAAGAUGAUGGUGCUGAUGCUGGUUUUAUCAUUGUUUGAGCAAAGCUUUUCCUCGCCUUUGAACAAUGAAGAAGGUAUGGCUUUGUUGAGGUUCAAACAGAGAGUGGUGAGUGACCCUUUUGGUGCUUUAUCAAACUGGAAGGAAAUUGAUGGCGCGAUUUAUCCGUGUUCUUGGUUCGGGGUCGAGUGCUCUGAUGAAAAAAUUGUAAAUUUAAAUCUGAAAGACCUUGGCCUUGUUGGGGACCUGGGACCUGAAGUUGGGCAGCUGGGGAACUUAAAAUCUAUUAUAUUGCGCAACAACUCUUUCUCCGGAAGCAUUCCUAAAGAAAUUAUCGGAUUAAAGGAGCUGGAGGUGUUGGAUUUGGGAUUCAAUAACUUUAGUGGACUGUUUCCAUCUGAUUUUGGCAAUAAUCUCUCCCUAACAACACUUUUACUCGACAACAAUGAGUUUCUGGGAAGCCUGGAACCUGAGUUAUAUGAUAUUAAAAUGCUUUCUGGAUUUCAAGUAGAUGAGAAUCAGCUGACUGAUUCUGCUACUAUACCAUCUUGUAAAAGCAGCAGUUUUCCUUGGAACAUUGGCCAGCCAGGAGAUACAGCUCACGGGAGGCGGUUGCAGCAGGUGGUGGAAUCCUCAAAGAUAGACAAUGAAAGAGUUUCCCAACUAUCACCAUCACCUUCACUAUCAGAAUCCCCAUUUUCACCUUCAAUGUCACCUUCACCUUCAUCAUUGUCUCCAUCGCCAUCUCCCUUCGGUGUCUCUUUGCCUCCUGCACCUUCACCUGAAUUAGCACCAACUCCUGCUUUACAACCUUCUGUAGAUCCACCAGUAUUUAUCUCUGAACCACCACAAUCACAUAGUGCCCCAGCCAAUUCCCCUGGUUUAACUCCUAGGCAGAUAUCAGAUGAGAAUUCUGAUUCAAAACAUCGUAUUUUUCUAACCUUGGUUGCAAGUCUUGGGGGUUCCUUGAUUGUUUUGGUUUCAGUCCUCGGCAUUAUCCUCUUCGGAAGUAGUAAGGUGGUUUCUGUCAAACCUUGGGUCACAGGAUUAAGUGGUCAGCUGCAGAAAGCAUUUGUAACAGGUGUGCCGAAGCUCAAGCGAUCAGAACUUGAAGAAGCUUGUGAGGAUUUCAGCAAUAUAAUUGGUUCCUUUUCUGAUGGCAUGGUCUACAAGGGGACUUUAUCGACUGGGGUUGAAAUAGCAGUGACUUCGACUGCGAUUGCAUCUCGUGAAGAGUGGUCAAAGAAUUUAGAAACACAUUUUAGAAACAAGAUAGACGCAUUGUCUAAAGUGAACCACAAGAAUUUCGUGAACCUCAUCGGAUAUUGUGAAGAAAAUGUGCCUUUCACAAGAAUGAUGGUUUUUGAGUACGUUCCUAACGGAUCACUCUUUGAACAUCUACACAUACAAGAAGCCGAGCUCUUGGACUGGGGAAUGCGCCUAAGAAUAGCAAUGGGAAUAGCAUACUGCCUUGAGCAUAUGCACCAGCUGACUCCUCCUAUAGUCCAUAGAAACCUGCAGUCUUGCUCUGUAUAUCUGACCGAAGACUAUGCUGCCAAAAUAUCUGAUUUCAGCUUCUUGAAUAACGCAACUGCAGCCAAGGUGAGAUCGGCUACCAUGGAGCUCUUAGAAUCUGCACCAGCAGACGUGGAGAGCAAUGUUUACAGCUUCGGGGUAAUAUUGUUUGAAAUGAUAACUGGUAGGACCCCUUAUUCAGUAGAUAAUGGCUCACUUGCAGACUGGGCAUCGGACUACUUGAAAAGGGGCCGGCCAUUGAAAGAAAUGGUGGAUCCAACUCUUAAACUUUUCCAAGAAGUCGAUCUGGAAAAACUGUUUGAAGUGAUUAAGACUUGUGUUAAUCCUGAUCCAAAAGAGAGACCGACAAUGAGAGAAGUUGCAGCCAAACUAAAAGAGAUCACAGCAAUGGGACCUGAUGGAGCAACUCCGAAACUAUCUCCCCUCUGGUGGGCUGAGAUCGAAAUCUUGUCUACAGAACCAAGCUGAUCAGUGGCAUUGAUGUUAAAUACAUUUGCUUUCUGGUUUCCCUGUUUCUAAUGCUGCACUCCGGAUCAGCAAAGUUUCGAGUGGAUUCUUCUUUCUCUAAUCAAA